GUCGCUUUGAUGGAAGUCCCACAAAUAUCUUCUCGGCAUCUUUUCUCAGUAUCACUGCUUUACUUUCGUCUUGGAUUGCUGUUUUCCUGAUCUCUUUGGUGUUUGCCUUGUUAUUCCCCUCUCUUCUAUCAGAAGAGGGAUCUUUAUACUGACAAUGAAGAUUGCGAAGGGAAAAUCAUCAACAAGGAAGGACAAAACAGAAGUAUCAAAGCCGGUUGAGGAGAGAAAGGUUGGAAAGCGAAAGGCAGCAGUUAAGGCUGAUAAGAGUCGCUUGAAAUUGACCAAGAAAGCAAAAUUGGACAAGAAAGAUCCCAACAAACCAAAGAGGCCUCCGAGUGCCUUCUUUGUUUUUCUAGAAGAGUUUCGAAAAACAUACAAGCAAGAGCACCCCAACGUGAAAGCUGUUUCAGCUGUUGGAAAAGCAGGAGGCGCGAAGUGGAAAUCAUUGUCUGCCACGGAGAAAUCUCCAUAUGAAGCUAAAGCAGCACAAAUGAAGUCUGAUUAUGAGAAGCUUAUGAUAACAUACAAUAAAAAACAGGAAAGUACGAAUGAUAAUGAUGAUGAAGAUGAAGAGUCAAAAUCUGCUCUGAAUGAUGAAGAUGAUGAGGAAAGUGGGGAGGAUGAGGAAGAGGAUGAGGAUGAGGAUGAGGAUGAGGAUGACUGAAUCCAGCAUGCUGUCUAAGUGUCCCGAGCGUGAGCUCCGGACCUUGUACUGUUGUACAUUUGGGGAUGUAUAAUAUGAUUGGUUUCUGAGAUGGAAAAUGCAGCUCUUAAAAACUACUAAAGUAGGAAAGGUUGCUCCCGUAUGUGCAUUGAAGUUAAUCUCGACAGUUGAAAAGCUGACUUGGAAAAUUGACCUCAGAACUAACAAUUACUGGCUCUUGUAGUUGUAUCUAUAUUGCUCAUCUGUUUCCUGUCUCUGGCAGUUGGAGUUUGUCUUCCCAUAUAAAUCUAAUACAGCAAAUAAAUGCCAUUUUUAAGCGAAAA